UUGUUUAGCUCUCUACAUUACUAGUGAUUAUCGAAACUCCACAGUUAUAACAUAACCCUGAAGACAUCGUCAUAGUUAUAUAUUCUUUUAUACCAAAGAGUUACACGCGGUGACCUGAAAGACAACAGCUCCCAGUAUCCCUAGUGAUGGCGGCAAUCGCGAACAAAGGGACGAACGGUUCUAGCAAGCCCGAAUAUGGACGUCGAUUAAUUCCCCAUAUAAUCGAUGGGUUCGCAAAGGAUGAUCCCUCACGGGAGGCAUUCUCUAUCCCUCGAUCCGAGAACCCUAAAGAUGGAUGGAGAGUCAUCACGUUUAAGCAAUAUGCGAAUGCCAUCAACCGCGUCGCGCAUAGAAUUAUCGAGGAGUGCGGGACACCUUCGUCGGGUUCAUUCCCGACAAUAGCCUAUAUCGGUCCAAAUGAUGCCCGUUAUGUCGUGCUCAUGGUUGGCGCAAUCAAGGCUGGCUACAAGGCUCUCUUUAUCUCGCCUCGCAACUCCUAUGAGGGACAAAUUUCCCUGUUUGAGAGGACGGACUGCAAAAUAAUCGCGUUUGCAAAACAGCAGCGGUCGCUGGUUAAGCCCUGGUUACAAGAACGGGACAUGCAGGCCAUAGAAGUUGGCGAAAUUGAAGCUUGGUUUCCGGAACAGGAUGUCAAGCCGUUCCCUUACGAGAAAACAUUCGAGGAAGCUGAAUGGGAACCUGCAGUUGUCCUACACACUAGUGGAAGCACCGCGCUUCCCAAGCCUAUCGUUAUCACAAACGGCCUGAUAGCUACGAACGAUGCAUUCAAAGAAACGCCAGAUUUCAAUGGAGCCGUUUCCUGGAUGAAAGGGUUCGCAAGUCUCGCACGAAGGCAUCUUCUUCCGAUGCCUCUAUUCCACGCUGCAGGACUUUACAUUUUCGUCUUCUCGGCCAUAUAUUGGGACACCCCGAUCGCCUUCGGAAUCGGUGAACGCCCGUUGUCUAUCGACUUGGCUAUCGAGUGUCUUGAGAACGUAGAUGUCCAGGGGAUCAUGCUUCCGCCCGCUAUGCUAGAAGAGAUGAGUCACAGCGACGAGCUCAUUCGACCACUAGCUAAGCUUAACAUCGUUACGUUCGGUGGAGGAAAUCUUAACAAGGAAGCUGGUGACAGACUAGUGAAGAACGGCGUAUUCCUUAACAACGUGAUUGGUGCUACGGAGUUUACUCUUUUCCCGAUGUUUACUCAGCCAAACCCGGAGCUCUGGCAAUAUUUCAUAUUUAACGAGGAGGCGAUUGGAGCGGAUUGGCGCAGGGUUGAUGGCACUGAGGAUGUCUACCGACUUGUGAUGGUUCGCAAGGACAAACAUCCCGGUCUCCAGGGGAUUUUCUAUACAUUCCCAGAUAUGAACGAAUACGACACUAAGGACAUGUAUAGACCACAUCCAACUCUCCCCCAACAAUGGAUAUACUAUGGACGAUCCGAUAACAUCAUCGUCUUCAGUAACGGUGAAAAGCUAAACCCGAUUGGUAUUGAAGAGACCGUCGACGGGCAUCCCGAGGUCAAGGGCGCUCUGGUGGUUGGCACUGACCGCUUCCAAGCCUCGCUCCUUAUCGAACCAUGGAAAUCCCCGCAGAGCGAAGAAGACGCGGAGAAACUCAUCGAUCGGAUAUGGCCGUAUGUCGAAAGAGCCAACAAGGAGAACGUCGCACAUGGCCAAAUUUCACGCCAGUUCAUAAUGUUAGCUGAUGCAAAGAAACCAUUCCAUCGAGCUGGGAAAGGAACAAUUCAACGAGCAAGCACAUUGAAGGAGUAUAAGGACGAGAUUGAUAAGUUAUACGAGGAAGCGGACCACCUUUUCGAUGUUAGUACGAUAAAGAUCGACGCGACUUCUGAGGAUACGUUAAUAGAAUCGAUCCGGAAAAUGUUCGAGACUGGAUUAGGAUUCAAGGGCGAACUAGGGCCGGACACCGAUUUCUUCUCAGCUGGUAUUGAUUCAUUGCUCGUCAUUAACGCCUCUCGGCUCCUUCAUGGCGCAUUGGAAGCUGCCGGGCACCAGAUUGCCCCAUCUGCGGUAGCUGCUCGCUCUAUCUAUACUAACCCGACGCCACGGAAACUUGCAAAAUUCAUCCUCUCAAUUUUAAAUGAAGGGGAGGAAUCCAGUACCAGUGGAAGUGAGGGCGACCAGGUUAAAGCUAUGAAAUCGCUUUGGGAGAAAUACACGGCCAACCUUCCAGAGAAACGGGGAGAGAGGCCUGAUCCACUAGACGAAGGUCAAACGGUACUCCUAACCGGAUCCACAGGCAUGCUAGGAUCAUAUAUGCUGGAUCUUAUGGUAAAAAACCCGUCAGUGAAGAAAAUCGUCUGCUUGAAUAGAUCAGAGGACGGUGGCGCGAAGCGUCAGGCACAAUCUGCCGAAAACCGGGGACUUAGCGCAAACUUCGCAUCGAAAACUGAAUUCUUUCACGUCGAUAUGUCGCGUCCAGAUUUCGGACUUCCGCAAGGCACAUACGAUCGACUACUAGUUGAGGCAGAUCGCGUGAUCCAUAACGCAUGGCCAGUUAAUUUUAACAUGCCCGUCGAGUCAUUUGAGCCACAUAUCCGUAGUGUUCGAAACAUCGCCGACUUUGCUACGAAUUCAGCGAAGCGCGCAGCUGUCGUUUUCAUCUCGUCGAUAGGCACAAUAGAACGCUGGGGCAACAAGAACGGCGAAGUUCCAGAAGGACGAAUCGAUGAUCUCGAAGUCGCUGAUGGUGGUUACGGGCGCAGCAAGAUGAUUGGUAGUCUUAUUCUAGAGGAUGUUGCCAAAGCGGGCGACUUUCCAGCUGCCAUGAUCCGCGUCGGGCAAAUCGGCGGCCCCGAGGCGGAGGCGGGACAAUGGAAUAAGCAUGAAUGGUUUCCGUCAAUCGUUGCUAGCAGCUUGUACCUCGGUGCCCUCCCAAGCGACCUGGGAAUAAUGGACCGCAUCGACUGGACACCGGCCGAAAGUAUCGCGAAUCUGGUACUCGAAGUUGCUGGCAUCUCCCAGAAGCUCGUGGCCAAUGAGAUUAGCGGCUAUUAUCACGGCGUAAAUCCGUCUGGCAAACCUUGGGCCGAGCUGGCGCCAGCCGUACAAGAAUUUUAUGGCAAGGACCGUAUCCGGGAACUAAUCAGCUUCAGGGAGUGGAUCGACCGGCUAGAGAAGACACAAGCUAACGAUACCCAAGCUCUGGGUAAGAAUCCAGGCAUUAAGCUGAUUGAUUCUUACCGAGGCAUGUCAGAUGCCUACGAAGCAGGCAAGAGGCCUGUUGUCUGCUCUAUGAAACGUACGACGGAGCGUAGCGGAACGAUGAAGUCUGCCAAAGCUAUCACACCCGAUUUGCUGAAGCACUGGUGUAAACAAUGGGGGUUUUAAGUGAUAUUCCAAGCAUUGAGUAUCACAGAAGACCUACUUGGCAGUUAUUUGGCAGUUUGAUCCGGAGAAGAAGUGAAGAAUUUCAUAGAUAGUUUGAUGAAUUUUAGCGUACGUACUAUAGA